CGCAGCGCGACUCGCCUGUUGUCAUAGUGAAUGCGAGAGCAGCUCGACUCGCAGAUCCUGUUAAACCUCCACAUACGUGUGCAGAUAGACGGGUGUCUCUGUAGGAUCGGGUGUGUGUUCUCCGCGCUCGCUCGCUCGCUCUCAUUUUCGCGCCAGGUUGGUCUGUCCAGAACUGUGACACCCCGCAGCGCUUCCGCUGUUCCAGCCAGGCGGGUCCGUGCAGCCUUCUGUCACAUCGCUCCUCCAUGUUACAGAAAAGGUAUGGCUGAACACCUGCCUGGAGCUCGAGAGGCAGUGCUGAAAGGGAGCACUCCCCUCCCAGAUGACCUGCCCCAGAUAAGAGGUUAUGACUUCAACCAGGGAGUGGACCACCGGGCUCUCCUUCAGUCCUAUCUCACCACUGGUUUCCAGGCCAGCAGCUUCGCGCAGGCAGUGCGGGAGAUCAACAAGAUGAUAGAAAAGCGCUUGGAGCCAGCAGAAGAAGAGAAGGAAUGUGAGAGUUCCAAUUCCAAGCCUCCUGGCUGUACCAUCUUUCUUGGGUACACUUCCAACCUCAUUAGCUCUGGAGUGAGAGAGACCAUCCGGUACCUUGUCCAACACAAAAUGGUGGAUGUGAUUGUGACGACAGCUGGCGGAGUGGAAGAGGACUUCAUCAAGUGCUUGGCUCCCACCUUCCUUGGAGAGUUCAAUCUGCAGGGAAAAGAGUUGCGGCAGAGAGGCAUCAACAGGAUAGGUAACCUUCUGGUACCCAAUGACAACUACUGCAUGUUUGAGGACUGGUUGAUGCCCAUCCUGGACCAGAUGGUUCAGGAACAGAAAACGGAGGGCACUCAGUGGACUCCCUCUAAGAUGAUCCAUCGCCUUGGUAAAGAGAUAAACAACCCAGACUCGGUGUACUACUGGGCCUACAGGAAUGACAUCCCUGUGUUCAGCCCAGCCCUGACAGAUGGUUCUCUGGGCGACAUGAUCUACUUCCACUCGUAUAAGAACCCGGGGCUGGUGCUGGAUAUAGUAGAAGAUAUACGAAGGAUGAACAGUAAUGCUGUUUUUGCCAAGCGCACUGGAAUGAUCAUCCUGGGAGGAGGACUAGUCAAGCAUCACAUCGCCAAUGCAAACCUCAUGAGGAAUGGGGCGGACUUUGCUGUGUUUGUGAACACGGGACAGGAAUUUGAUGGCUCUGACUCUGGGGCUCACCCUGAUGAGGCUGUAUCGUGGGGCAAGAUCCGCAUGGACGCCAAGCCAGUCAAGGUGUAUGGUGAUGCUUCCAUAAUAUUCCCCCUCCUUGUGGCUGAGACUUUUGCAUCCAGGGCUUCUCAACUCAUACAGGAGAAGAGAGACUGACAGCUCCACUCCUUCUGCACAUCUUCCUUUGCUUUUCCUUUCUUGUCUUACUUUUUUAUGCAACAUAAACUGUUUGAAGCCUUUUAUGCCCUCUUCAGCCCUUUGGAAACCUUUGUGUGUUUUUGGUCUUCAUAUUGCUUGUGUUGUGCUGGCUAGUUUUAAAAUUCCAUCCUCCCACUAUUGUUUCCUAUCCUUCCAUGGUGUUCUUUGCUUCUGUUUCUUGAUUUGGGCACCUUUUUGUCUUCUUCCUCUCUUCCUUUUCCCAUUUCCGUAUUCUCGUUUUCUGUUUUCACUCUCGCCCUAUUCUCUUCACUUCAGCAUGCCUUUGCCUUCUACUGACUGUAUUCUGAACAGCUUCAUUUCACCCUUUAGAAGUAAUAGAAGUUUUUUAUCCAAAGGGAAUCUAAUCUUGAAAUGUUUUACUUCCUUUUUUUGUGUUGAAUAUACCUAUGGUAUUUUAAACUGUACAUCACUUCGGGAACUUAGUCACAGCUCAUAUAUUGCAUGGGUGAUCAAAAUGUAGGCUCUAUAAGUUAAAAAUAAAUAAAUAAAUAAAAUAAAAAAAA